GGCAAGAAGCGAGCGACCGGCGGGGGAGGCAGGCAGGCGGUGCAAAGGAGAGGACAGGGGGGGGAAUUUAGGCUGUGUCCCGUAUUUGGAAUAAGCAGGAGCAGAACACAGCUCGUCCUCUUUGACGUGAAACCAGCUCCUCACCGCGUAACCUUCAGGAAGACGGAGGAAAAGGACGCGCAUUUUGGGACGGCGAGCUCACUUUGAACUGUUUUGAGAAGAAACUAUAAAACAGACAUUUCGUUUCUCCGGGACGAAGAAUGGGAUUGAAAGAACAUAUCUGCCCGCAGUGAGUUGUGAAAACACGCGGGGGGUAUUUUUUUUAAAACACCUAUAUUGCAUGUCAACUCCUGCGGGGAGGGAAAAAUCAGGAAAAUAAGGGGCGAUGAAGGAAUUCUGCAGCGGGGAAAAGUAGCGUUAGCUCCCCGGCUAGCUGAGCUAACCUAGCAGGCUGCUAACUAAGCCGAGGAGGGGCGCUGGGGCUUUGUAGCAUUGCAGAUCUGCCUUCUAUUUUUUUUUUUUUUUUUUUUGCUGCAAGAAUGGAGAAAUAUCUACCACAGCAACCACUCAGGGAGGCCUGCUGAACUAUUAUUGAGCCUCAAACAAGGAGACGAGGUAGGAAACUGCUAGCUAACGUUGCGUUUUCAUCCAGAACCGACCGGCCCGGGGCAGAGCCAGGGUCCGGACUUCUCCUCUUAUGAGCCCUGGGGGGAUCGGUGUUAAAAAAUGGGGAAGUGCAGCCCGUCCUACCCACCUCCUACAUACUGGAUCUGCAGAGGGAGGUCAUGAAUAGGUGGAUUUUAACGCUAAAUUAGCCCCCCUCCCAGCAGAAAGUUUGAUUAUUUUCAAGGUGAGAGAACUUCUAGUGUCUCCUGAGGCCCUCUGAGCUAACUACCGAGGCCGAGGAGGUGCUGUUUUGUUUUUUUCUCGUUUCUUUAUUUUAUCCAUCAUCAUCAUUACUAGUAAGGAGUAAACAUGUCUGGAGAGGUGCGUUUGAAGAAGCUGGAGAAGCUGAUCCUGGACGGGCCGGUCCAGUCUAACGGCCAGUGUCUGAGCGUGGAGACUCUGCUGGACAUCCUGGUGUGUCUCUAUGAUGAGUGCAACAACUCACCCCUCAGGAGGGAGAAGAACAUCCUGGAGUUUCUGGACUGGGCCAAGCCCUUCACAUCCAAAGUGAAGCAGAUGCGUCUGCACAAGGAGGACUUUGAGAUCCUUAAAGUGAUCGGACGUGGAGCAUUCGGAGAGGUUGCGGUGGUAAAAGUGAGAAACACUGACAAGGUGUUCGCCAUGAAGAUCCUCAACAAGUGGGAGAUGCUGAAGCGAGCAGAGACGGCGUGUUUUCGGGAGGAGCGGGACGUGUUGGUGAACGGGGACUGCCAGUGGAUCACCACCCUGCACUACGCCUUCCAGGACGACAGUAAUCUGUACCUGGUCAUGGACUACUACGUGGGCGGUGACCUGCUGACUCUGCUCAGUAAGUUUGAGGAUCGGCUGCCGGAGGAGAUGGCUAAGUUCUACCUGGCAGAGAUGGUCCUGGCCAUCGACUCCGUUCACCAGCUCCACUACGUCCACAGGGACAUUAAACCCGACAACCUCCUGCUGGAUAUGAACGGCCACAUCCGCCUCGCUGACUUCGGCUCCUGCCUCAAACUCAUGGAGGACGGGACGGUCCAGUCCUCUGUGGCAGUAGGAACUCCAGACUACAUCUCCCCAGAAAUCCUCCAGGCUAUGGAAGAUGGGAAAGGGAAGUAUGGACCUGAGUGUGACUGGUGGUCCCUGGGCGUCUGCAUGUACGAGAUGCUGUAUGGAGAGACUCCUUUCUAUGCAGAGUCCCUGGUGGAAACCUACGGGAAGAUCAUGAACCACAAGGAGCGAUUCCAGUUCCCCCAGCAGAUAACAGACGUUUCAGAGGAUGCAAAGGAUCUGAUUCGUCGGCUCAUUUGCAGUCGAGAGCACCGAUUGGGCCAGAACGGCAUCGAGGACUUCAAGCAGCACCCGUUUUUCACCGGCAUUGAUUGGGACAACAUUCGUACAUGUGAAGCCCCCUACAUCCCAGAGGUCAGCAGUCCCACAGACACCUCCAACUUUGAUGUGGACGACGACUGUCUAAAGAACUCGGAGACGAUGCCCCCUCCCUCUCACACUGCCUUCUCCGGCCACCACCUCCCCUUUGUGGGUUUCACCUAUACAAGUAAAUGCACCAUAUCUGAUCGGGGGUGCCUGCGACAGCUAGCGGGGGAGCCGGGGAAGGCGGGACUGGACCAGGUGGACGUAGAAGUCCAACGCAGUCUGGAGGACAGCCUGGCCACCGAGGCCUAUGAGAGGAGGAUUCGCCGCCUGGAGCAGGAGAAGCUAGAGCUGAGCCGCAAACUGCAAGAGUCGACUCAGACGGUUCAGGCGCUGCAGCACCCGACAGGUGAAGGAAUUGUCAGCACCAACAAGGAGGUGGAGAUCCGGAGCCUGAAGAGCGAGAUCGACAUUCUCAAGAAGCAGAUUGCCGACUCGGGCCAACUGGAGAAGCAGCUGGAGGACGUGACGUCGGCUCGCAGGGACCUGGAGGACUCGUCUAAACACAUCAAGACUCUGGAGAAACAGAUCAAGAGCGUCACACAGGAGAGGGACGACUUCCAGAAGGACCUUAUGGAAGCCAGCGAGAAGCUGAAGUCUCAGUCCAAGGAGCUGAAGGAAGCCCACAGCCAGAGGAAACUGGCCAUGCACGAGUUUUCUGAGCUCAACGAGAAACUCACAGACCUCAGGUCAGCAAAGCAGCGUCUGACUCGCCAGCUGCGUGACAAGGAGGAGGAGAUGGAGAGCCAGAGUCAGAUGGAGGCUCUCCGCCUGGAGGUGCGAAAGGCCGAGAGGGCCAAGAAGGAGAUGGACGCCCAGGCAGAGGAGCAGGCAGCAGAGACCCAGAAAGAGAAGAAGCUGAGGGAACGUAAUGAGCAGUACAGCCGGCAGCUGGAGGAGGAGCUGGAAGGGCUGAAGGUAAGAGAGCCGGCCUCCUCUGCCGCUCCGGCCUCGGCAGACCAGAGCCAGGAGGUGGCUCGCUUACGAGGGGAAAUGGAGAAGAAGACGCUGCUGUACGAGGAGGAGUUGGGUCGUAGGGAGGCCCAGCAUUGCACCGAGCUGAAGGCUCUGCGUAAAGAGCUAGAGACGCCGAGAGCCAACACCUCACCCUGCAGAAAGGAGAUCCUGAUGCUCAAAGAGCUGGACAAGACUCGCCGGGAGAGCCAAAGCGAACGGGAAGAGUUUGAGACGGAGUACAAGCAGAAGUACGAGAGGGAAAGAGUCCUGCUCACCGAGGAGAACAAGAAGCUGUCCAGUGAAGUAGAUAAGGUACCAUAUCUUUUGAUGCAGGUGAGUGAUGAGAAGGAUGCUCGAGGCUACCUGCAGGCUCUGGCCACUAAGAUGACAGAAGAGCUGGAGGGAUUAAGAAACACCAGCCUGGGAGCAAGAGCCACGGACAUGCCCGGAAGUGCGACGUUCGCCAAGCUGGACAUGUCGGCCCGUCUGGAGCUGCAGUCGGCUUUGGACACUGAGAUCAGAGCCAAGCAGGGCAUCCAGGACGAGCUGAACAAAGUCAAGGCCAACAGCAUUUCCACAGAAUGUAAACUGCAGGAGGUGGAGAGUAAAAACCAGGAUCUGCUGGCUGAGAUCGAUCGGCUGAAAAAGGAGACGGAGGAGCUGCGGCUACGACGAGGUGUCAAGCACCAGGAUUCCCAGAAUUCCUUCUUGGCGUUCCUCAACGCCCCCACCUCGGCCCUCGAUCAGUUUGAUCGCUCGCCGUCCGUCGGUCCGACUAGCAAAGGCAGACGUGUGGACUCUAUGGAUAACUUCACUCCCUCCAACACUCCGUCUCGGGAAUACAUGGAAGCCCAUAGAGUUGAUAGACCACCCUCCUCGUUCGGUCCAGACCCCACCAUGCGCUCAGGAGGCUACGGCAGCAUCGGACGCUCUUCGCCUAAGCCCAAAGCACAUCAGUUUAUAGUGAAAUCCUUCAACACGCCCACCAAGUGUAACCAGUGCACCUCCCUCAUGGUGGGACUCAUCCGUCAAGGUUGUACAUGCGAAGUGUGUAAUUUCUCCUGCCAUGUGACGUGUGCGGACAAAGCUCCAGCCGUGUGUCCGGUUCCCCAGGACCAGACCAAGGGUCCGCUGGGCAUCGACCCCCAGAGGGGCAUCGGUACGGCGAAUGAAGGCCACGUCAGGGUUCCCAAACCGACAGGUGUGAAGAAAGGCUGGCAGAGAGCGAUGGCUGUGGUCUGUGACUUCAAACUGUUCCUCUACGAGCUGGGAGAAGGAAAAGCAACGCAGCCGAGUGUGGUAGUCAGCCAGGUCAUAGAUAUGAGGGAUGAGGAGUUUUCUGUCAGUUCUGUCCUGGCCUCAGACGUCAUCCACGCCAGCCGCAAGGACAUCCCCUGCAUAUUCAGAGUCACGGCGUCCCAGCUCUCCCCCUCCAGCAGCCACAAACCCUCCAUCCUGAUCCUGGCCGACAGCGACCAGGAGAGGAACAAGUGGGUGGGCCUCCUCAACGAGCUCCACCGCAUCCUGAAGAAGAACAAGCUGAAGGAGCGCUUCGUCUACGUCCCCAAGGAGGCGUACGACAGCACCCUGCCCCUCAUCAAGACCACCCAGUCUGCUGCUAUCAUAGAUCAUGAGCGUGUCGCCCUGGGCAACGAGGAAGGCCUGUUUGUCAUCCAUGUCACCAAAGACGAAAUAAUCCGGGUGGGAGACAACAAGAAGGUCCACCACAUCGACCUGAUCCCCCAGGAGCAGCUGCUGGCCGUCAUCUCCGGCAGGAACCGCCACGUCCGCCUCUUCCCCACGCAGGCGCUGGACGGCCGCGAGACCGAGUCCUACAAGCUGGCAGAGACCAAAGGCUGCCAGACCGUUGUGUCCGGUCCGGUCCGAAACGGCUCCCUCACCUGCCUCUGUGUGGCCAUGAAGAGACAGAUCAUCUGCUACGAGGUGAAUAAGAGUAAAGGACGUCACCGUCGGCUGCGGGAGCUGCAGGCUCCAGGACCGGUCCAGUGGAUGGGUCUGCUCAGUGAACGCCUCUGUGUGGGUUAUCAGUCCGGAUUCAUGCGCUACAGCGUCCACGGCGACACGUCUCCGGUCAGCCUGCUGCAUCAUGAGGACCACACCCUGGCCUUCAUCCCUCAGCAGGGCCUGGACGCCCUCUGUGCCGUGGAGAUCUCCAGCAAAGAGCUGCUGCUGUGCUUCAGCGCCAUCGGGGUGUACGUGGACUCACAGGGCCGCAGGUCACGACAGCAGGAGCUGAUGUGGCCGGCGGUGCCCAACGCUGCCUGCUACAACGCCCCCUACCUGUCGGUGUACAGUGAGAACGCUGUGGAUGUGUUUGAUGUGAACACCAUGGAGUGGAUUCAGACCAUCCCUCUGAAGAAGGUGCGACCUCUGAACGUGGACGGCUCUCUGAACCUGCUGGGGCUGGAGACGGUUCGGCUCAUUUACUUCAGAAACAAGAUGGCCGAGGGUGAUGAGCUCGUCGUCCCGGAGACGUCAGACAACAGCAGGAAGCAGAUGGUUCGCAGCAUGAACAACAAGAGACGCUUCUCCUUCAGGGUGCCAGAAGAAGAGCGACUCCAGCAGAGGAGAGAGAUGCUGCGAGAUCCAGAGAUGAGGAACAAGCUCAUCUCUAAUCCCACCAACUUCAACCACGUGGCCCACAUGGGACCAGGAGACGGGAUCCAGAUCCUGAAGGACCUGCCCAUGAACGUCCGUGUUCAGGAGAGCCGUGCAGGAUUCAGCGGUUCCGUCAGCAUCCCCUCCAUCACCAAGAACCGGGCCGAGCCGGGCCGAUCCAUGAGCGCCAGCAGCGGACUGGGCAUCCGCUCGUCCUCCCAGAACGGCAGCGCUCUACGCAGGGAGCUGUCAGGAGGAAGCUACGGCUCCAAACGUCAGACCAUGACGUCUCCGUCUGAGAGCUCCCUGUCCUCUGGAGGAGGGAUGGACUGUGGAGACGCUCCGCUCUCACAGUUCGACAGAGAGGACUCAGACUCCCCCCGUCACUCCACGGCCUCCAACAGCUCCACCUUCAGCAGCCCUCCCAGUCCGGCCUCCCCUCACAAGACCAAGUCCCUGUCCCUGGAGAGCACAGACCGGAUGGGCUGGGACACAUGAGCCGCUGUUAGCCGCUAGUAGCUAGCUGCUAGCCGCUAGCCCACCUGUAACCCCACUGACCGACUGACCGACCGACCGACAGCACAGGACUCCACCUCCUCCACCGCAGCCUCACACGUCCUCCUGAACAUCACCCCUCACCGCCCAGAGAACUGCACCUCCUCACCAACAUCUGCCCCUCCUUACUGCCCCGCUUUGUCUCAGCGUUCUUCCACGACGGGGCAGAAAGAGUCUCUCUGAGGGGAGAAGCUAUCAUUAAUUAUGUGUGUGUGUGUGUGUGUGUGUGUGUGUGUGUGUGUGUGUGUGUUUGAGAGGCGUGUGCACGUGUUCAUCCAGUACGACAUCCCAUCGAUCGGCUCUUUUCGCCGCCAAACCGAAGCCGUCGAGCUUCACCGACUCCCCGUCAGAGACUAAACCUCACGAUGCAACACUAAAAACCCAGAGGAUUAUUGUUGUUGUGGAGAGAAUGAUUUGUACCUGUACAUAGGACCCGCUGGGUUUCAGGGGACGAUAUUUUAAUUUAUUUAUCAGCCUUUAGACGAGGAAAGGGAGGUUUGCUUCAACUUCCCGCUGUUGCUUUGGGUGCUGCGAAAAUUUAAAACGACGAAAAAGGAAAAAAAAAAACAAGAGAAAGGAAAGGAAUGAUUAUUUUUUAUGUUUUGCUCCUGAUACUAAGUGCAGUGACUUUAUACUAUUUUUUAUUUUGACCGCCAGCAGCAGCAGCAUCAUCACGACUGUGCUACUCUCUUCCUCAUUGGUCCGGUGAUCCGGCGGCUCGUCCUCCAUCGUAGACGUUCGCUGUGCAACCAAACUCCCACCACAAUAAUGUACAUAAGUAGAGAGUAAUAUAUGAUAAGGAAAUACUAUAGAGAACUACACGGAAAGAAAAAGAAAAAUCCUCUUUGAAUUUUAUUUUUCUGAGUGAUUUGGGGUUUGUUGUUUUCACACACACAUAAAAAGCCAUUUUAAACCACUUUUUUUUUUUUUUUACCGAUUUUGUUUUUAGAUUUGUUUUAUAUUUUAUGUACGACACGCGUUGAGUGUGUGCGUUUGUGUGUUUUUGUUCUUCCACACUUGGUUUGUAUGGACCGACACUACUGCCCGUACUGUAGAGUGAAACUUUUACCACAAACCUGCUUUGUUUUCACGCAGCAGAUGCCUUUCGUCCUUUAGAAUUGGUGCGUUUCCAAUUUAAGCUCAAUUUAACCAAAAAAAAAAAAAAAAAACGACGGAAAAAAGAGGGAGAAUUAGUUCUUUUCUCACAGCCUUUGCUUCUCCUGAGGAAUGUUUUCGAUGAUUUGUAAGAACUCUUGAGUUUAAAGUAAAAUAAGAAUGUAAACACUAAGAAAAACUAACGAUAAGCUGCGAGAACGUCGGCACUUUGGGGAGGAGAACCUCAGCGCUGCCUCCUGCUGGAGUCUGGAACGUGAGCAGAACGUCUCCGGGCGUUUUUUCCUUUGGCAGAGCGUACAGAGCAUUAAACGGCGUGACGGCUUCUGGCUGCAGAGGAGGGCGUUCACAGCCAAAAACCUCCGCUCAUCUGCUUCGGUUUCGUUUGACGGCGUUUCAACCGAGGAAUCGCAGAAUUAGAAAAUCUACCUAGGUGGUUCUGGUGUGGCGUUUUCUGGACGGUUUUUGGUCCUCGGAGCCUUUUGAGGAACAUCCGGGUCCGUUUUAUUCCAUUUGUCUCGUCAGAAAGGGAAACAAAAAGUACUUUGGUCGUCAUUCCUGCCCGUUUAAAACACUACAGAGUAGCUCUAAACAACCCAUUCCACGUGUUUUUGUUUUGUAUUUUAUAAGAAGAGAGAAGGUUAUUCCAGACAUCGUAGAACACGUUUAAGCUCUCCUUUAGUUCCUGCUGGAGUUUAUCUGUAGAAUGUAUUCGCUGGGGGGGGGAGGGCAGACCGUCUCAGCCUUGUGGCGUUUUAAUAUCGGCCGAUGUACAGAAAAGAAAAGAAAAAAAAUGCUCCCAGAUGUUUAGAGGAGAAGGAAACUCAGGAAAUGUCAGAACCAAUGAAUUCUUUUCAUUUAGAUGAGUGUUUUUUGGAGACGGACGGCAGGAAGACGGAGACAGACGAGGAGUUUGAGGGGUGAAGGGCGUCCGGUGGUCCGGCUGAGGUGCCACAUUUAGAAAACUAAAAGAUUCAAACGCCUUUGCAUUUCAGUGAGGUCUUAUCUACAGUACCUUCGAUAUUAUUUUGCUCUUUCAUAUCAUAUUACACUUGUUUUCUAGGAUUGCUUUGUAAUAAUUUGUACAGUUUUGCAUGUUAUAGAUGUAAUCAUUUGUGGGUUUUUUUCGGUUUGUUGUUUUUCUUGCUCCUUUUUUGAACGGUUUGGGCGUUUUACUGAGGAUAACCCACUACAGGUGAUGUAGAUUCUUUUUUGCACAAAAAAAAUAUUUAAGGUGUAAGGUCAAAACAAAAAAUAAUGUAUGGAACUGGCUGCCACACUUACGUGGAGAACUCAUUAUAUUAACCCGACUCCGAUGUAUUUCAAUAAAGCGGAGGGCUGUUACAAAUA